CCUAAAAUGCGGGUGGCCUGGAAGCGUCCCCUGAGGAAUGGCGGCCUCCCUAGGUUCUUCAGCUCCUCUUCUUCUGGGCCACGCGCGCGCUACGAGGAGAUGGUCGCGCUGGGGAUCCUCAAGCACGACGAGCAGCAGCACAGGGUUGCGUCGAUGCUGGAGUUGCUGCUGGAGAAUUUGAAGAUCCACCAGAAGAACAUGGAGCUCUACAAUAUUGAGCUCCAGAGCUGGAAGAGAACGAGACAUGAAUUACGGGAGCAAAUGCUGGAGGAGGAAGCCGAGGCAGAAGAAGCCAGGAAAAAUGUGCAAGCGAAAAGAAACUGGAGAGAAUCCAUAGCGAAGAUGUUCACGAGGCAAGGAACAUUACGGCAAGUUGAACCGGGAGCUGGAAAGAUGGUGGCUCGAAUAAAACGAGAGAAAAAUCUCGACAACUUAAUAGGACGUCGCCCUCUUCCUCCAGAAUCUCCCAAAGGAAUUUAUCUUCACGGAAAUGUUGGCUGUGGAAAAACGUUACUUAUGGAUUUGCUAUUCAAUUCCUCAGAAGGUGUUGUGAAGUACCGUCGAAGAAUGCAUUUUCAUGCUGCAAUGCUGGAAGUUCACGAUCGCAUGCAGAAGAUAUGGAAAGAAUGGCGUUCAUCAGAAAAACCGGGUGACGAAGAGGAGGAAGGAGAAUUGGAACCGCGAACCGAUUCUGUCAGUCCAAUCUUUGAUGCUAUUGCUGACGAACUCUUAAAAAAUGCCAGCGAUGAAGAUGAGUUUGAAGGCGCAAGCUUGUUAUGUUUCGACGAGGUCCAGGUGGUUGAUCCGUUUACCGCGGUGGCACUAGCCGGAAUUUUUGGUAGGCUUCUUAACAGAGGUCUUGUUCUUGUUGCUACAAGCAAUCGUCCUUUCACUGAUUUGAACAAGGACGGGCUUCAGAAGGAGGUGUUUCUGAAGUUUCUGGAACGCUUGGAAAAACAUGUGUGUCCCGUUUCUGUUGACAACAAAGUGGACUACAGACGAGUGAUAGCAGACUCGUAUAACAAGGACGAGCAAAAGCACUACUUUUGGCCUUUAAACAGUCAAACUGAUGAAAAGUUGAGAGUGGAAUGGAAGAAUGCGAUCAGUUCUUUAGAAAAAAACGGCCUGACCGUUUCAUCAAGUCGUGUGCCGGUUAUGUUUGGCAGAGCUCUCGAAAUCCCAGAGUCCUGCGACGGCGUUGCAAAGUUUACUUUCGAGCAACUCUGUGAUUACCCUCUUGGAGCAGCGGAUUACAUGGCUCUCGCGCAAAGAUAUCACACUGUUUUCAUCACUAAUAUCCCUGUCAUGAGCAUGAAGAUUCGAGACAAGGCUAGAAGAUUCAUCACCCUGGUGGAUGAACUAUAUAAUCAUCAGUGUCAACUCAUUUGCACAGCAGCAGCUCCUCCAGACGAACUUUUCCUUGGAACAGAUGAAGGCCCCUUGAUCGAUCUAGAAGGGCUACAGUUUGAGACCGAAGCUGAAGGAACGAGGCUUCGAAGAAAUGUCCUUGUAUCGGGGAACGUCGCCCCAGUCACAGAUCACAGCAAAGUGCAGCUACUCCUGUCUGGCUACGAGGAAAUGUUUGCAUUUCGUCGUGCGGCCUCGAGGCUUAUAGAAAUGCAAACCCCUGCCUACACUCUCGAACGCUCGUUAAUGGGCCUUUCUCAAACUUCGAAAGGUACAUAAUAAAGGUUAAGGCUCUUAAGCUAA